AAUGUGAUUGAGGUUUAAAUUUAUACAAUACAAAAAAUCUGAACAUAUUUUAAGCGAUAUUUCUUCGCUUUUUCUUUGGGAAAGCGAGAUGUUUGUCGAGAAGCUAAGGGAGGAGAUGUACAACAUCAUUUCUAAAGAGAGAGUUCUUGUAUUGGUAACAAUGGAUGCUGAUGCAUUAUGUGCUUGUAAAAUCUUACAGUGGUUAUUCAAGUGUGACAGUGUUGAGUAUACAUUGCUACCAGUCAGAGGGAGAGAUGACCUAAUCAAUGCUUAUGUCGAUUAUGCAGAACAGAUUAAACAUAUGGUUCUGAUCAACUGUGGGGGGAACAUAAAUAUCUUGGAAUUACUACAGCCAUUAGAUGAUGUUAUUUUCUACAUUGUCGACAGCCGACGGCCGCUAGAUUUGGAUAACAUCUACAAUCAAGAUCAGAUCAAGAUCCUCAUGAAAGAAGGAGAGACAUUAGAAAUACCAGAAUUUGAUGAUAUCUAUGCAUCUUCAGACGAUGAUGAAGAGGAGUCAGAUGAAGAAGGAACGCCAAUGAAGCGACGGAGAACAGAAGACUCUGAAUCGCCCCAUAAAUCAAAAAAAGAAAAACGCAUCUGGGCCAAAAAGAGGCAAAGUAUUCUCACUCAAUAUUACCAAAACGCCUUCCACGGAUCUUCAUCAGCCAUGGUUCUCUAUGAGCUUUGUUGGAAAAUGAGCAAAGAUUCCAAUUUACUUUUAUGGUGGUCUGUUGUGGGUCUAACGGACCAACUCAUAAACGAAAGAAUAGACAACGAUAAAUACGUCUCUGACGCCCAAAUUCUCCAUGAACAUGUUUUACGUCUUAACCACGACACGGGAGAAAAUGGUACAUCCAUAAACUGUAUGAAAAUUUCGUUCGACCACGAACUUCGUCUUGCGUUGUAUCGCCAUUGGUCCAUCUUUGACAGUCUUUGUCACUCCGGCUUCACCGCUUGCAUGUUCCGAGUUUGGACAUUGAAGGGAAAGAGAAGACUUCAUGAGUUCCUGGCAGAGUUAGGAUUACCUUUGCAUCAAUGUCAACAAAAGUUCUCUGCAAUGGACGUGUCCUUGAGAAACAAGCUAAAAGAAUCCAUCAUACAAGUCGCUGAAAAAUAUGGGCUGGAGGAGAUUCUGUUCGGCUCAUUCAAUGUACAAAUGGGAUACAAAAACAAACUUUGUGCCAGCGAUGUUGUCUUUGCAACGACUGCUUUGUUAGAAAAUUCUACGGAGGAAGGCAAAACCUAUUCCGAAAAUUUCCUGGACGCUCUUGAUGGCCUGUCCUGGUGUUCGUCAGGUUUGGAAAAACUACAGGGAGGGUUGGAACUCUCGAAGAAACAUCUUGUUGCUAUCUGGAAUCAGGUUCAUUCAUUUAUCAGCAUGCAUCAAGUGGUUUGUGCUGGACCAUUUCUUUACGCCCACAUUCGCGAGGGAGCUCCAGAUGUAAAAGUGUUUUCAACGCGGAUGAACGUAACGAGACUCGCACGAUUCGUCCUCAAUUGUUAUGUGAUCAUGUCGAAAAACAAGCGAGCUGCGACGUUACCAUUUGUUCUGGCAUCGCCACUUGAUUCUGAAACAGGAACCUGCAUUGUUGUUGGGAUACCUCCAGUCGCUGACGAGUCCAGAAAAAAUUUUCUGGGUCGUGCAUUUGAAAUAGCAGCAGAAAAGACUAAAACAAGAUCACGGCAUGACCAUUGUGAGCCUGCAGUCGUGGAAGUCAAAAGCGAGGAUCGUGGAAAAUUUUUCGACGCACUUUCUGCUCUGUUAGCCUAAAAGGUAUAUCACUGAUC